AAAACAUCUUGUGUUUUUGUGCAUUUAUUUAUGUAAACAUUUAAAGCUUAACUUUUUUAAAACAAUUAUGUCAUAGCCAAGCUUCUAAUCUAUCUUCCUGUUGUUACUUUGUGUAUUCAGCGUGUGAACUUUCUGCACCAACUCCUCACUUUGUUUCCUGGUUUGGGUCUAUUUUUGUAGUUCUUGUUGGUGAUUACGUGCAGCUGAAGGCAUCACUUGAAACCAGGCGGUGAUUGUGAGGAAAUCUUCAGCCAAAGAAGUAAACAAUUGUUUCAAAUCAUAUUUAAAAUGUCAUAUUUUCAAUCAUCUCGUGAAAAUGUUCAACAGUAAUGGAACUCUUUCAUUAGAGAAGAAACUAAAACUGAUUGUUUUUUCAACAAGAUUCAAAAUGGCCGACAAACAAACUUUACCUCAGUGUUUAUAGACAUUCAGCUACAGUUUGGUGUGGCGUACAGAUCACCAGGAAGAGAGGAGCGGUGGUGCAGGGGUUAGAGAGGCCUGUGAUAGAUAGGUUGCUGGUUCAAUUCCCAGACCUGUGUUCUUACAGCUCUGUAACCAGCAGAACCUCCUGACGGCUGAGGUCUUAUCAGAUGUCAGGUUUCAGGUGUUGGACCUCCAGCCUCCGUCACCAUGGAGACGACUGUGAGCRCCAUCGGAGGUGUGGCUCUGGACUCUCCUUCAUCAUCAUCACCUUCAUCAUGGUGGGCAGCUGGUGUAGGAGGUGAAGGGGAAGUAAGGAGUGGCUCCCUGGUUUAUGGCCUCUGAUACAGUUUAAAGUCCUCACGUUUGAGCUGCAGACUCAGAUUAACGAGUCUGAACAGCAGGACCGAGACCAGAACCUCCAAAGAACCGAGUCUGAUCCAGCUGCCGGGGCGUGGCCUGUAGAGGACCUGUGGCCUCGGUGUUUUCAGUUCUCUAUCAGCUCCGUUGUUCUUGGAUCGUCCGGAGUUUCUGGAUUUAAUCUGGUUUAAUUUUCAGUAUUAAUUUCUCUGUUUUUGAACCGUUCCCACCAUGUCGACGGCUGUGGAGGCGACCGGCUUCAUCAUGAACGUCAUCGCCUGGCUGAUGACCGGAGCCGCGCUCUCCAACGACUACUGGAAGAUCUCCACGGUGUCCGGCAGCGUCAUCAUCUCCCAGAGGCUGUUUGAGAACUUGUGGCACGCCUGUGCCGAGAACAGCGGCGGCAUCGCCGAGUGCCGGGACUUCGAGUCCAUGCUGUCCCUCCCCGCCAACGUGCAGGCGGGCCGCGCUCUGAUGAUCAUCUCCCUGCUCAUGGGUCUGGCCUGCAUGGUGGUCUCUCUGCUUGGACUCAAGUGCAUCAAGAUCGGAUCAGCCGGAGACCAGUCCAAGGCCAAGAUGGCCGGCAUCGGAGGGAUCCUCGCCAUCCUGGGGGGUCUGUGCUGCAUGGUCGCCUGCUCCUGGUACGGGUUCCAGGUGGUCCAGGACUUCAACAAUCCGUUCUACGGGGGCGUGAAGUUCGAGCUGGGUGCAGGUCUCUACAUGGGCUGGGCGGCGGCGGCUCUGUCCAUUCUGGGCGGGGCUUUGCUCUGCACCGCCUUUAAGAGAGCGUCCCCUGCUGCCAAGGCAGGCAACUAUCCUGCAAAGAAAAUCUACACGGCUACAGCCCGCUCCGAGCCCGAAACAAGCAAAGCUUACGUCUAAACACACACACACAAACACGUGCACACACACACACAAACACGUGCACACACACACACACAAACACGUGCACACACACAAAAACACAUACACAUUUCUUCACGGGGACUUUGCAUUGACUUCCACUCAUUUCUACAGCAUAAACCCACUAAAGGUUGUUGCCCUCAUAUGAGGAGCAGUUGGUCCCCACAAGUGGGUAAUACCCCCCCCACACACACACACACACGUUUCUUCCACACAUGAAGUGAAACUGUUUUGUUGUUUUAAUGUAAAAUCUGCAGAAAAACUGAAGAAUUUGUUGAUGAUUGUUGGUGAAAAACUUGUUUUAGUUUUUAUCUGAAUAAAGUUUAUUUUACAAAAUAAA